UGAUUCCGUUGCGAAAUCCGCAAACGACUCACGGCGCCACACUGAACUAUCAGGCAUGGCUUUGACUCGAAACGUCGUCGUUACAACGCUCUUCAUCUUCCUCCCAUUGCUUUCCACAUCUGCUGCCCAAUCCGUUUUCCCCUUCGCGUCGGAACUCGGCGACCUCUUCGCCAUCGAUCGGAUAGUCCGUCACCGGAAAAUUCCGAGAGAUGAUGAUCUGUAUUGCGAGAGCUGGAAGUUCACCGUAGAGACUAAUGACGCUCCCAGCUGGACUCUGGUCCCGGAGAGAUGUAAGGUAUUUGUACAGGAUUACAUGACGGGCGACAGGUUCCUCUCCGAUUCCGAUGCCGUGGCAAACGCCUCUCUGGCGUUCGCGAGGACUGUGAGUGUCGCCGGCGACGGGAAGGACGCUUGGGUGUUCGAUAUUGACGAGACGUUGCUGUCGAACGUUCCGUACUACGAGGCUCAUGGAUUCGGGGCAGAUAUCUUUGAUGAAAGUUCCUUUGAUGAAUGGGUGGAUUUGGCUGAAGCCCCUGCCAUAUCUGCAAGUUUAAGAUUAUACAAGGAGCUACGGGAGCAAGGGUUUACAAUUUUCUUGCUGACAGGUCGGAGUGAAUAUCAAAGGGAAAGUACAGAAAAGAAUCUGCAAUAUGCUGGAUAUAGCAAUUGGGAAAGGCUAAUUUUGAGGGGGCCCUCUGAUCAAGGGACAUUGGCCACUGUCUACAAAUCCCAGAAGAGAAAGGAAUUAGAGGAUGAAGGCUACUGGAUCCAUGGAUGCUCUGGAGAUCAGUGGAGUGACUUGAUGGGAUUUGCAGUAGCCGAAAGGUCUUUUAAACUCCCCAAUCCCAUGUACUACAUUGCCUGAUGACAAUUCUCCAACUUUUAUACUUCCUCUAAACCAAAAAGGUUUUCAACAUUUCCUUUUUAGUACAUCCCAAAUUGUUGUCUACUAUCCUAAAAUAAACACAAUUUUUAGUCAUGCCAUCAUUCAUGCUCCUUCUCUAUGCCUUUCCAUGGGCAAAAGGAGUAAAAAUGUAUACUUUUCAUUAAAAUUUGUAUUGUAUUUUCAGUAUGUAAUGAAUUUGGGAGAGGGAGUAAUCCCAUUGUUGUACAACCAUUUUAAACUGUUUUGUCAAGCCAGGCCUCUUCUGUUGA